AUGCAGUCUACUCGAGAUCAACCCCCUAUGGGGACUCGACUGCCUCUUUCCAGGUUCUCAUACACCGAAGGACCUCUCAACUCGCACGCCCGGCUCGUCUGGACUCAUAUCAAUGGAGAUGGAGAUCUGUUUUGUGAAAUAGAGCAACAAGUUGGAGGCCUUUUUCAACCAAGUCUAAUUCUGAAAGUCGUCCAUGACGGCCGGAUGCUGGAACGAAUCGAUCUUGACCAGCAUAUUGGUGGGACCAAAAAUGAACCCAAGUCGAGUCAGGAGGGUCCAAAUGCGAAGCCGACCCUUAUGGUCGUGGUGAAGCUGCCUUCUAUCGCCAUCAAGUAUCCGUUGAAUAUCAUGCAGAUGCGUCGAGUCCAAAUCAAGUUCAGUCAGGAUCGCGACUACUACACGGUCCUAUCUAUGCUCAGCGCCGCCAAUUGUCCUCUGGCAGAGGGCUCGAUCCCAACCUUCCAUCGGCCCCCUUCGACUGUAUCCUGGGCAUCGGUAUCCACAGCCCAGUUGACCAAGAACCCGCCACGGGACGCCGGCGCUGCGAUCACCCCGGAAAGCAAUGCUCCAGUGCCCUCGAACUACAUGGGCCGAAAGGCAUAUGGCUUUGAGACAGCCUCCAAUGCCCCACAGGGCCGAUUCACCAUGCAGACCCUCGAGAGAGAGAACGAGACCGCAUUGGGACGCACCCUUCCCGCCAUUCCGGCAGAGGGAGGCCAGGCAACAUCUGAGAAAGCUCCUGCUCGUCACACUACCGGGCCAAUUUACCACGACCAGGAGCUGAAUCAGAUGUUGCCCCCGAAAAGGGACUUGCCUUUCACAAAGCUCAAGUCGAAGAUGUCUCGGGCUGGCACGACAAGCCUAAAGUCAAGUCAGCAAAUUGUCCCCGAGUCAUCUUACCCGGAGCCCGACAACCUGAAACGGCGGGAAUCUUUCAUGUCCGAGUCGCAGUCCCAGCAACUGAUUCAGACACAGCCCUACCCCGAAACAAUGAAUCUCUCCCAGGAUCCUGCGAGAGUUCAGGCGACUUUGCCUUACCCUAGUGUGAGCACUGAAUCGCAGCAGCAAGGGCGUGUGUCUUCAGUUGCAGGGACUAGCCAGCGUGCCCGGACUGACGAUGGGCAUGUCAGUGAAACAAUCAUCCAAGCGCCUCAAUCGGCAAGGUGGUCGGUGCCAAUAUCCGUGGAAGAGCAGUUGUCGGAGUACGUUAAGGCACCGACUAAGGAACGCUCUGCAUUCCUCGAGAAGUGGAUGUGCGAGUUGAUCCAGGAUGACAACUUUGUAAGUCUUUGCGAAGAUGUCGAGGGGACAUGGAGACGCUUUGCUUUCGGGGUGAAGCCAUAA